GGCCUGCCCCGGGAGUCGCACUCGGCCGCCACCACCACCGGCGCAAAGAACAGAGACGGGCCCGGGCCGGGCCGGGCGGACCUGGCCGAGCACACUGGGGCUCAGGGGCUCGGACGGGAGGAAGCGACAGCGAGCGCAGGCCGGACACGGAGAAGCCGAGCGCCACGGAGUGGAGCCGGGACACGGGUGGGGCCGCAGCCUCCGACAGGACCAGCGCCCUGGUCCGCUAGGUCAGCCCCAGCGGGAGCCUCUGAAGAAGCCUUUCAGGGAGAUUUAGCCUCUCCUUCCUCCCUUCCCUCCCACUCCCUAGCCCGAUACCCUCCCCAACACUGACACCCCCUCGUGUCUCCUCCUGGUCGCUUUCUACCUCCCUCUCCCUCUUCUUGUCCCCUUCAACUGUGAGUGCGAUCCCCCAGUCCCCAGGCCGCUUCUCUGUACCUCUCACUGCCUCAGCUUCGGUCCCCCAGGCCCAGGCCCCAGCCCCCAGUGCCCUGCACUCAUGCCCCAUCUCAGCCCCAGAGCCAUUUCCCCUCAGGAGUUUUAAGUGCCUGGGGUUCCCCCAGCUUUGGACUCUUUUUCUUCAGCAUCAGGCCCCUCUUAGCUCCUCCCUCCUCCUUAGACCUCCCCCUCCCCCUCUUCCAGCCCCAGGCCUUCUCUCCUACCCUAGCUUCAGGUCCUCUCAUCCCCAACUCCAUCCUUACUUUCCUUCCUGGUCCUUUUCUCUGGCUUGCUAUUUCUCUUCCUUUUCUAUACCCAGGCUGUCCUAGCUCCAGUCUCUCCAGCUGGCUCCCUGUGCCUUGAGGUCUCAGGCUGGAGCUUGUGUCUUUCCCUUCUAGGCCAAAAGGGAUUUCAGAGUUGUGAGGCUGUGGGGCAGUUGCCUUCUCCUCAUGGCGCUGCCCCCACUCCUGUUGAUGCUGGCAGCCUUGGUGGGUGGGGCACGCCCCCCCGAGCCCCGGAAUCUAACACUGGCGGUGGUACUGCCCGAACACAACUUAAGUUAUGCCUGGGCCUGGCCACGGGUGGGCCCGGCCGUGACCCUGGCCAUGGAGGCGCUGGGGAGAGCCUUGCCUGUGGACCUGCACUUUGUCAGCUCUGAGAUGGAUGGGGCCUGCUCGGAGUACCUGGCGCCACUGAAUGCAGUGGACCUGAAGCUCUACAAUGACCCCGACCUUCUCCUGGGUCCCGGCUGUGUGUACCCCGCUGCUUCUGUGGCCCGCUUCGCCUCUCACUGGCGGCUGCCCCUGCUGACUGCAGGUGCUGUGGCCUCGGGCUUUGCGGCCAAGAGCGAGCACUACAGAACGCUGGUCCGCACCGGACCCUCUGCCCCCAAACUGGGCGAGUUUGUGGUGACGCUGCACGGGCACUUCAACUGGAGUGCGCGGGCUGCCUUGCUGUACCUGGAUGCCCGCACUGACGACCGGCCCCAUUACUUCACAAUCGAAGGGGUCUUUGAGGCCCUGCAAGGCAACAAUCUGAGUGUGCAGCAUCAGGUGUAUACGCGGGAGCCUGGUGGUCCUGAGCAGGCCACGCACUUCAUUCGGACCAAUGGGCGCAUUGUAUACAUUUGUGGCCCCCUGGAGAUGCUGCAUGAGAUCCUGCUUCAGGCUCAGAGAGAAAACCUAACCAAUGGGGACUACGUCUUCUUCUACUUGGAUGUCUUUGGGGAGAGUCUCCGUGCCAGCCCCACCCGCCUCCGAGGUCGGCCCUGGCAAGACAAUCGCACAGGGGAGCAGGCCCAGGCCCUCAGGGAGGCCUUUCAGACUGUGUUAGUUAUUACAUAUCGAGAGCCUCCAAAUCCUGAAUAUCAGGAAUUUCAGCAUCGUUUGCUGUUAAGGGCCCGGACUGACUUUGGUGUGGAGCUGACCCCCUCCUUGAUGAACCUCAUUGCUGGCUGCUUCUACGAUGGGAUCCUGCUCUACGCUGAGGUCUUGAAUGAGACAUUGCAAGAGGGGGGUACCCGGGAUGAUGGACUUCGAAUAGUGAAGAAGAUGCAAGGGCGCAGAUACCAGGGUGUGACAGGGCUGGUUGUAAUGGACAAGAAUAAUGACCGUGAAACAGACUUUGUCCUUUGGGCCAUGGGGGAUCUGGACUCCGGGGACUUCCAGCCUGCAGCCCAUUACUCUGGAGCUGAGAAGCAGAUCUGGUGGACUGGACAGCCUAUCCCCUGGGUGAAGGGGGCCCCUCCUUCUGAUAAUCCCCCUUGUGCCUUCGACUUGGAUGACCCGUCCUGUGAUAAAACCCCUCUUUCAACUCUGGCCAUUGUGGCUUUGGGUACAGGGAUCACUUUCAUAAUGUUUGGUGUUUCCAGCUUCCUCAUUUUCCGGAAGCUAAUGCUGGAGAAGGAGCUGGCCAGCAUGCUGUGGCGAAUUAGAUGGGAGGAACUGCAGUUUGGCAAUUCAGAGCGUUAUCACAAGGGCGCAGGCAGCAGGCUCACACUGUCCUUGGGAAAUGUUGUUGCCAUCAAACACGUGAAUAAGAAACGCAUAGAGCUAACACGGCAGGUCCUGUUUGAGCUCAAACAUAUGAGGGAUGUUCAGUUCAACCACUUGACCCGAUUCAUUGGAGCCUGCAUAGACCCUCCCAAUAUUUGCAUUGUCACAGAGUAUUGUCCCCGAGGGAGCCUGCAGGACAUUCUAGAGAAUGAUAGCAUCAACUUGGAUUGGAUGUUUCGUUAUUCACUUAUUAAUGACCUUGUGAAGGGCAUGGCCUUUCUCCACAACAGCAUCAUUGCUUCUCAUGGGAGCCUCAAAUCCUCCAAUUGUGUGGUGGACAGCCGGUUUGUGCUAAAGAUCACUGACUAUGGCCUGGCCAGCUUUCGGUCAGCUGCUGAGCCAGAUGACAGUCACGCUCUCUAUGCCAAGAAGUUGUGGACAGCACCAGAGCUAUUAAAUGGGAGCCGCCUACUGACUGUAGGUAUCCAGAAGGCUGAUGUUUACAGCUUUGGGAUCAUUCUGCAGGAGAUUGCCCUUCGAAGUGGCCCCUUCUAUGUAGAGGGCCUGGACCUCAGUCCCAAAGAGAUUAUCCAAAAGGUCCGCAAUGGUCAGCGGCCAUACUUUCGGCCGAGUAUUGACCGAGCACAGCUCAGUGAGGAGCUAGCUUUGCUGAUGGAGAGAUGCUGGGCUCAGGAUCCAGCUGAACGACCAGACUUUGGACAGAUCAAGGGCUUCAUUCGACGUUUCAACAAGGAAGGUGGUACCAGCAUCCUAGAUAACCUCUUGCUUCGAAUGGAGCAGUAUGCAAAUAAUCUGGAGAAGUUGGUAGAGGAGCGGACACAGGCCUAUCUGGAGGAGAAGCGCAAGGCUGAGGCCCUCCUCUACCAGAUUCUGCCACACUCAGUGGCGGAGCAGUUGAAACGAGGGGAGACUGUACAGGCUGAGGCCUUUGACAAUGUCACCAUUUACUUCAGUGACAUCGUGGGCUUCACAGCCCUUUCAGCAGAGAGCACCCCUAUGCAGGUGGUGACGCUCCUGAAUGACCUAUACACCUGCUUUGAUGCCAUCAUUGACAACUUUGAUGUGUACAAGGUGGAGACUAUUGGUGAUGCCUACAUGGUGGUCUCUGGCCUGCCUGGACGUAAUGGUCAGCGCCACGCCCCCGAGAUUGCUCGUAUGGCUCUGGCGUUGUUGGAUGCUGUGGCUUCCUUCCGAAUUCGGCAUCGACCUCAUGAUCAGCUCCGACUGCGAAUUGGUGUGCACACUGGACCAGUCUGUGCUGGAGUUGUUGGCUUAAAAAUGCCCCGCUAUUGCCUGUUUGGGGACACGGUGAAUACUGCCUCACGUAUGGAAUCCAAUGGUCAAGCCUUGAAAAUACAUGUCUCAUCUACAACCAAAGAUGCCCUGGAUGAAUUUGGCUGCUUUCAGCUGGAACUUAGAGGAGAUGUGGAGAUGAAGGGAAAGGGAAAGAUGCGAACAUAUUGGCUCUUGGGAGAGCGAAAAGGACCAUCUGGACUGCUGUGACCUCAAAUACCUUUCUCUCCCUCUCCUGCCAGACCCCAAGAAUCUGUGGCCAUAAUCUUUAUUAAUUCACUAGCCAUAUGGGACACUAUCACAGAGCACUGUGUGUGCACUUAUUAUUUGCCCUGGGGUUUCUGACUCUGGGCCUUGUACAUAUUCUCCUUCCUUGUAAAUAUCUGUAUCUAAACCAGAAUAUUUUUGGUCAAAUACAAAAUGACAAAACCA